AUCUCGCGUUAUCUGUCAUGGCCGCUGCUAAAAUCUUUUCGUGUUGAUAUUUCGCUAUUUUCAUUUGUGUUCAUUACAUAACCAUUAACAUCUCACUUACUAUGAGUUAAACAAGCCAGAGUAUUUAUAAAACCAUGUACAUGAGGUAGUGAGGUUAACCUUGACGAUGAAAACUUUUGAACAGUGCAGUGACUCCCUCUGGAAAGGGGUGGCACAGUACGUCAACCAUGGUGUUGUAUUUUCCGACGACCAUUGUGCUGAGGUCUUGCACUGGCAUGGUGGCCUUACACAGUUGUUGCAGGCUGGUGCUGAUGAUGUGAGAGAGUUUUCUUCAUUUGAGUGUGGUAAAAAUGACCAGAAGAAGGGAGUGUUCUUGGUUAGUUCGUUGUUGUGUGACGUGACGGCUCAGGUGAUAAAGGAUAUCGUACAACAGAGCAGCUUCCAGUAUGUCGUGGUGUUGACGUCCGUGAAUCAGGCCGUGCAUCUGUUUGAGAAGACGGGCAGUGCAGAAGGAGAGGACAAGUCUUUGUUUGAGAAAUUCGAGGACAGGCUUCUGGAAUGGAUGGGAAACAUGAACUAUACUGCAGAAGUGUUUUAUAUUCCUUUCUUCACAGUUAAUGUCUGUCCCCAAUUCUUUCUGACACCACCUUACUCGGAGUUAUUCCCCUUGUUGAAGACUGAUGUGAAAAGAGUUGAGUUGCAGUAUAAUUCCAUGCGACAUGGAAAGACAGAAAGGAAAACAUUUGAAGAUAUUUCAGAAAUAGAAUGUGCUCAUUUACCCAAACCACUGCAGCUGUCUUUCAAGAUGUUUGCAUCCAGUAUGGAUGGCCUGAUGACCGAGUUGGAUGUUAGGGAGGAUGUGUACUGCGUGGGACCCACUAGUCGCCUGCUGGCCAUGGAGAUAGAAAACUUCCCUCCAGCCAAAACAAGGAGAAAGAAUGCUCCUAACAGGGCAUCACUGGUGUUGAUAGAUCGAACUCUGGAUCUUGUCGGCUGCACUAGCUACCAGUUUGAAACACUGCUGGACAAAAUCACCAGUGUUCUUCCCGUUCUGCCGGGUCAUCACAAUGAUGUCUUAGUCGACAUGACUCCCUUGUGUUCUGUUGACAGUAAUUCUAGUCCUGAUGUGAUUGUGCCUGGCAGUUUGUCUGGAAGUAUUUCUAAUGGUGAACUUCCAAAUCUCCAGUCCUUAGCAACUGCAAAACAGAAGGAAGCGCUAAUGGAUGUGAACCGACAUCUGGUGGAGGCUGCAUCGUUACAGAAACUCCCUCUCAAACUGACCGGCAGAGUGGGGAGGGUGACAGCCGACCAGCUAGAUAACACACUCGCGCUUUUCAAGGGAAACUACCAAGCAAUACAGGCCCACCUAGAUACGAUUCAGAUCGCCAAGGCAACCUCUCAGGCCCUGAAGCACCCCGAGUGUUUGCGGCAUGAAAACCUAGUGAGUGUUGAGAAGAACCUGGUGCAGGUUGUAGGAGAUGAGAGUGAUCCGAGAGCGGGUGGCUUGGCCUUUCUCCUCAAACUGAUGACAGCUGAGUUCAGCAAACCUCACCAGGACAGACUCUAUACAUUGGAUGACUUCCUCUGUCUGCUCACGUACUUGUAUUCCCUGUCAGGAGGAAGAGUCGCAGAUGGGGAUGAAGAGUUGCAGAUACAAAAAUUAUUAGUUGAUUUUAUUAUCAAGGACAAAGAAACACUUUCUCCUGUUAUCAAAUCUAUAGUUGGAGAGACUGUUUCUGAGGGUAUAGUGAUGACUCUAGUAGAAGAUAUGUGGUCCAAACUGGAAGCAGUUGGGUCUGCUCGGAACAAUCUCAAACAGUUCAGAGAAAUUGUUGACCCUGGUGGUGCUCUUAGUCCUCCCAGCAACAAACCAUUACUCAAACAAAUUGUGGAAGCCAUAUUGGAUCCAAGUAAACCAGAGCUGUCCGAUAUUGAGUACAAAUCCAGUGGCUUCAAAGACUUGCUCAAAUCUGGCUUUGGAUUGUUUAUGAGUGUCAGCAAGCCACGACCUAGCGACCAUCCACUGCUCAUUUUGUAUGUAGUUGGAGGAAUCACAUCCACAGAAGUCAAACAGAUCCGUGAUGUCAUCAAUAAAACGAAACCAUCUACUCAGGUUGUUAUUGGAAGCACCCGACUGCUCCGGCCUACCAAUGUGCUUCAAGGAGUGUUUUGUCAAGAUAAUAUAAAUCCAGUUGCUUAUUAGGCCACAGACCAUGUUUUUCAAUCUCUGCCAUUCACGGAUAUGACAGCAGCAUCUCAUGAAGUCUUUCUCUUACUGUGCGAUUUGUACAAACAUUUGCUCCUUGCAAUAAUUGGUGUUCUGGCACUACAUAUAUUACUCACAGUCAGUAUAUUGUUUACCUCAUACACUAAAUGUAAUGAUUACGGUAAUAAAGAGAUCUAAAAUAUUUUCUUGUUUAGCAGACCAACCUCAUGCAAAGUAGCUUUACAACUAUGUGUUAUAUCUUGCCCUAAUGAGAGAGAGAGAGAGAGAGAGAGAGAGAGAGAGAGAGAGAGAGAGAGAGAGAGAGAGAGAGAGAGAGAGAGAGAGAGAGAGAGAGAGAGACACACACACACACACACACACACACACAGAGACGGACAGACAGACAGACAGAGACACAGACAGAAAGGAGAGACAGAGAGAGAGAGAGAGAGGAAAAGAGAGAGAUGUUUUAGACUUAUAUCCGCUGCUAGGUGUCCAUCAAUAGUGGAAGACGCACGCACGCACACACACACACACACAACUUUUAUGUAUAUAGAGGUUAAAUUGAAAUGAUUGAACAUUUAAUUAUAAAUUUAAUAUGUACCCAAACCACCCAGUUGAAAAUAUUUUUUAAAUAUUAAAACACAUUUGCAAUCCCA